AUGACGUCGCAAGCCGAUCCUCAGGCUCUUAUUGAGCAGCUGCAGCUGCUGAACGCGGAUCCCAGCGCUUACUUCAAGAACGAUGCGCAGAAACGUGACUUCCAGAAGUCCGUUCGACAGGCGGAGAAUGCGGUGGAGGAACCGUUUGAGACUAUGCAGCGUUUGGUAUAUGGCCCGCUACCCCUUGUUACUGCACGCAUUGGCCAAGAUCGAGGCAUCUUCGAAGCACUCGCAAAGAGUCAGGAUGGAGUACAGCUUGAUGUUCUCGCUCAAGCGAGUGGGCUCCAGAAAGGUGUCCUCGAGGCCAUACUGGAUUACAUGUGCACAAAGGGCAUGGGCGUUGAAGUUGCACCAGGGACAUAUAAAGCUACGCCACUGACACAUAUGUUGCUUGUGCCGUUGUUCAAAGAUGCCGUAACUCAUUUUCAUGACAAUUGCGCUCCAGCCUUUACAGCUCUUAAUCAAGCACUCGUGGGUCCAAAAGCAAACAAGACUGCAUUCAAACUGGGACAGCAUAGCGAUGAAGACUUCUAUACAUGGAUGGAAACGCAUCCGGUCCAACAAGGCGCUUUUCACCGCUUCAUGGAAGCCCAGUUUGCCAGUCUUCCAACAUGGCUAGAUGUAAUCUCGUUCGACAAUGAGAUCGCCAAGGGCGUAAGCGCGGAGGAUGUGGUAUUCGUUGAUGUUGGUGGCGGCAACGGAUCGCAAUGCGCAGCGCUGAAGAAAGCCUUUCCCGAACUCAAGGGCCGUAUCAUCCUGCAGGAUCGCCCAGCUGUGCUCGAAACAGCAUUGGACGUCGAUGGUGUGGAGUUGAUGGCCCACGAUUUCCUCACUGAACAGCCAGUACACAACGCCCGAGCAUACUACUUCCGUCAGAUUUUCCACAAUUUCGAUGAUGACACAUGCAUUCGGAUCUUACAGAUGCACCUACCCGCACUUCAACAUAAUCCCGAGAGCAGAAUUUACAUCGAUGAUAAGACACUACCCGACGAGAAGCCAGAUGCUAGCACACCAGGUGUUGAGUAUACCGCAGCGCUUAGCCUGGCUAUGAAGGCAAUGUUCGAUGCGCAGGAGCGACGAGAGAAGCAUUGGCGUUGGAUCAUUGAUCAGGCUGGGUUGGAAGUUGUGGAGAUCCGGAAGUUCACGAAGUUUGACGAUAGCGUUAUCAUUGCUAAGAGAAGGUACCAGGAUCAGUGGAGGUAG